CUCUCUCCUCGGCCUCACUUGUGUCUCGUGCGGAUUCACCCUUUGUGUACCUGCUAUUCCCGCACACCCAAUGCCUCUGUCCUAACACCUCUCACUCACUGACUCCCAGCUAUCUUACUUCACUCUCUUCUCUCCCUUUUCAUUGGUCAGAUCAUCAUUGACUUCAUUCUUCGUCAAGUGCCAGUUCGGCUCUACAAGCUUGGCAGGUCAAUCUCGAGUCUUUACCUCCCUGCGCACCAAGCCCGUCUCUUCUAUAAACCCACUACGCGACACAAUCUAAUCCGUCGAGUUGUCGCAAACAUGAGCUCCUCAGAAGACGAUACCCCACUCGUCAAGAUGAACGGUAGAUCCUCUGGUGGUCAAUCGAACGUCAAAACGAACGGCGCAAGGGAAACUAACGGCCAUGUUGACCCUGGAGUCUCCAUUCGAUUUGGUCCGGUGCAGCCAGACGGGGACGUUGAGAUGAAGGACUCUGAUGGCGUCGCUAGUGCGAACAAAAGGAAGGCGCGAACUAGCAUUGGUCAAGCAAAAUCGUAUGCGGAGCCUGAAAGUAGCGAGGAGGACGAGCCCCUGAGCAAGCGUCGUCGCACCUCAGUGAAGCACGAAGACCCAGAGACAGAUGAAGAUGUCCCUCUCGCGCUCAACGGAAAGAAACUUCCCAAGGCUUCUGAGACCGCCAUCGGGGACGAGUCCGACUCAGACGUCCCAAUCGAAAGGAAGUUGGCCGCCGAGAAGAAGAAGAUUCAGGUUAAGGGAGAAAAGGAAGAAGCACCAAACCGGAAGACAGCCAAGCCUGCCACUGCCAUCAAGAAGCAGACAAACGGGGUCAAAAAGGAGCCCACCUCGACCAAACAAACCCUAAAGCAGGUGAAGGCGGAACCGAAGUCCGGACAGUCCACUCCAGCUAAGAAGAAUGGGAAAGCUACUCCAGUAAAGAAGGAGGAAAGCGAAGAAGCCGAGGAGGAAGAAGAAUACAAGUGGUGGGAAGACCCGACGAAAGGUGAUGGAACGAUCAAGUGGAGGACUCUCGAGCACAAUGGUGUCGUUUUUCCUCCGCCGUAUGAGCCACUUCCUAAGAACGUCAAGAUGAAAUACAAUGGUAUUCCCGUUGACCUUCACCCCGAUGCGGAAGAAGUCGCGGGCUUCUUCGGCGGUAUGCUGAACUCGACUCAAAAUGUGGAAAACCCUACCUUCCAAAAGAACUUCUUCACCGAUUUUAAAGCCAUUUUGAAGAAAACCGGCGGCGCAAAAGAUCAAAAAGGCAACAAGAUUGACAUCAAGGAAUUUUCAAAAUGCGAUUUCCAGCCGAUCUUCCAGUAUUAUGACACGCAGCGCCAAGAGAAAAAGGCUCUACCACCCGCUGAGAAGAAGCGUCUUAAGGCUGAGAAGGAUGAACAAGAGGCCCCAUACAUGUUCUGCAUGUGGGAUGGUCGCAAACAGAAAGUCGGCAAUUUCCGAGUCGAACCGCCUUCGCUUUUCCGUGGUCGUGGUGAGCACCCAAAGACGGGUCAUGUCAAAUCACGAGUCCAGCCAGAGCAGAUCACCAUAAACAUUGGUAAGGAGGCUCGCGUUCCUCCCCCUCCCGAAGGUCAUAAGUGGAAGGAAGUGAAACAUGACCAAGAAGGCACGUGGCUCGCUAUGUGGCAAGAAAACAUCAAUGGCAACUACAAGUAUGUCAUGCUUGCUGCUAAUUCUGACGUCAAGGGCCAGAGUGAUUACAAGAAGUUUGAAAAGGCCCGUGAACUUAAAAAACACAUCGCUCGGAUCCGCAAGGACUAUCAGAAGAACUUGAAGAACGAGUUGAUGGUGGAGCGACAGAAAGCUACGGCUGUCUAUCUCAUUGACCAGUUUGCUCUUCGUGCAGGUAACGAGAAAGGUGAAGAUGAGGCUGAAACUGUGGGCUGCUGUUCUCUGAAAUACGAGAAUGUCACACUCAAACCCCCGAACAAAGUGGUAUUCGAUUUCCUGGGUAAGGACAGUAUCCGGUUCUAUGACGAGGUAGAAGUCGAUACGCAAGUCUUCAAAAACCUGAAAAUCUUCAAGAAGGCACCCAAGAAAAACGGUGAUGAGAUCUUUGAUCGCUUAACUACAUCCGCGCUGAACAAGCACCUUUCUCAAUACAUGCAAGGCCUAACUGCGAAAGUGUUCCGUACCUACAACGCAUCUCACACGAUGGCUGAACUGCUCAAAGACAUGCACGCUACUGGCACCAAUGCAGAAAAGGUCAAAGCGUAUAAUGAUGCAAAUCGGAAAGUUGCUAUCUUGUGUAAUCACAAGCGAACAGUUGCAGCAACCCAUGCUAAUCAAAUGGAGAAGAUGAGCGAGCGGAUCAAGGGCCAACGGUAUCAGAUGUGGCGCCUGAAGCAGAUGAUGCUUGAUUUGGAGCCAUCCUUAAAGAAGAAGAAGGGUGCUGCAUUUUUCGAGUUGGAUGAAGACAUCGACAAGGAGUGGAUCAAAGAGCACCAAGCUUUCUUGGUCGAAGAGCAGCGGCAGAAAAUCAAGAAGAAAUUCGAGAAGGAUAACGAAAAGCUUGCCGCGGAGGGUGAGAAGGAGAUGAAAGCGAGCGAACUCGAAAGCAGAUUGGAGGUCGCAAAGGACUUGGAAAAGAAGUACAACAAAGAGAACAAAUCUGACAAGGUGGAAGCUGAAGGGCGGGGCCCAACCGUCGAGAAACUGGAGGCUGCCAUCACGAAAAUCAAACAGCGUGUCGAAAACAUGGAGCUCCAAGCUCAAGAUAAGGAAGACAACAAGGAGGUGGCACUGGGCACCUCGAAAAUUAACUACAUCGACCCUCGGCUCACGGUUGUCUUCAGCAAGAAAUUCAGCGUCCCAAUGGAGAAAUUUUUCUCGAAGUCUCUACGAGAGAAAUUCGAGUGGGCCAUCAAGUCCGUCGAUGAGAACUGGGAGUUUUAAACCGAACUGCAUUUGGAUCUUCUGAUUACUUAUUUGCUUUGUCACAACUACGGCUAUCCACUUUUACGGCCGAUUGCAAAACCCCCAUGCAUUUUCAAGCAUUUCUUCACGUGUGCUUCAGUUCUUCUAUGGUGUGCGUUUUCUACCGCUCCUCAACUCUGGGGGGGCAUUAUAUCUCACAAGUAUUGGCAUUUCUUCUGGUUUAUUUUUUUAUUUUUUUAAACCACAAGACUACAGACUAUACCUAUAUUAUACACUACACAAACACGCAUUUUGCCUUAGCUAGCUUCAUAAUUAGAAGGGCUGAUAUCUAAUCAAAUCCAGCGCCACAUACAAGUUGCAACAGGCAUUUAAUUCGUAGAACCGGUCUAGGAACUCAGAUCAUGUCU